UCGGGGAUUUUUGUCAACGGCAAUUAUUUUGUUAUGAUUUCGUUUUAUUUACAAACAAUUAUUAAUUACAAACGACUUAAAAAAAUAUAUUAGUUAUAUGCAAUUAUAAAUAUAUAUUUUUUUCAUAAUUAUUUUUAGUGUCAUUUUUUUUUUUCUUAUUUUAUUUAAUUUAAAAAUGGUGCGGAGAAAAUCUAACACUCCCAGCUCCAAAAGAUCGUCGAAUUCAUCAAAGCAACGGAAAUCUAAUCGAACAGAAGUUGUCGUUAAUAAAAAUCGUAGAGUAAGAAAUGGAGUACGCGCACUACAAGAAAUAAGAUAUUUAAGAAGAUCAACAAAAUUACUGAUACCUAAGUUACCAUUUUCAAGGCUAGUACGUGAAAUUAUGCACGAACUUUUUCCAAGGCAAGGUAUCGAUAGGGCUCUGGAAUUUUGGGAGAAGUAGACAAUUAAGAAAGAACUUCCGGUUGAUAUGAUCCAAUUAAAAAGAGAGUAAAAAGGUCAGACAUGCCGCGUGCGUGGCUCGUGGCAAUUACUCGCGCCCUGAUGGACCCAAGAGCAACAAAUUCUAUCACUACUUGGAUUAAAUACAUCCGGUCUGGUCUAUUUUAUAUUUUUAUAAAACAAAAUAUAUUUAAAUAAAAUAAUGAGAAGUUUAAAUAUGGAUAAACUCGCGCUUAAAUUUUGUACGAAGAAAUGUGGAUAUGUUUGUAACUAUUUAUAGUUUCAGAACCUAGUUUUCAAGAGUUUAAACCGCGAUAACUGGCAAUAUGGAAAGCCUCCGUCGAAUUUAUACUCUUGAAAGUUUUAUUAAUUACUUUUAAGUAACCAGACACUCAAAUAUUAAAUACUUUGAAUAUUUUAACAUACUUAGUUGCUUUCAAUAGAUUUUUUUAUCAAUUCGAUUCAAAAUUACGUCUACAGACGUCAUACC